AUGGUGGUGACUGUUAAAGACAUAAGAGGGGAGAUUUCAGAGGAAAAUGGGAUUGUUGAGCCAGAGUUUGAGGAAUCUGGGGGUUUUAUUGAGAAGCUAGCUGUACUGACACAAUUGGAACGGGAAAGGUUUGAGGAUUCUGAGAGAAUUAGGAAAACUAAAGCCCACGAGGGGACUGAAACUGCUAUGUACACAGAAACAGAGAAUACUGCGAGCAUACGGAUGGAGGGUACUGCGAGUACGAGAACAGUCAUACCGGAGCCGGACAAGUACCUGUCGACUGCCGAUGGAAUGUGUGAGAGUUAUGAAUCAGACAUUUUUGAAGCCAAUGGCUACAAAUGGAGAUUAUAUCUCUACCCAAAUGGUGAUGAAAAAAGAAAUGGAAAAGUUCUCCACUGUUUUCAAAUAUAUUCCUUCUGUGAAUUGUUACACAUCACACACGGUAUCUAUAUCUGCAUCUACAUUGCUAUCUGUUACAUCUCUCUGUACUUGGUAAUUGCAGAGACAAUUAAAUUACCUCUUGGUUGGGAAGUCAAUGUGAACUUCAAAUUGUUUGUCUAUAAUCAAAUUCAAGACAAGUACUUGACCAUCCAAGAGUGGGGUUUUCCUCAGUUGCUUUCACUUAGUACCUUUAGUGAUCCUUCUAAUGGAUACCUCGUUCUUGACAAAUGCAUGUUUGGAGCAAAUGUUUUUGUUUUGAAUUAUAGUAGCAAAGCUGAGUUUCUGAGUUUUAAGGAACUUGACAUUAUUCACACUUGGAAGAUUGAAAAAUUUUCAUCUCUGGAUGAUAAAUUUAUUACCUCUGAUGUCUUCACCGUUGAAAGUUGCGAGUGGAUAUCAUGUCUCUAUCCCAAAGGAUCUUCAGAAGAAAAGGACAAGCACCUCUGGUUCAGUGCUACUUCACAUUUCGCUUAUGGUGACAGUACAUUAUUGUCGCUAACUGAUCUCCAUGAUUCCUCCAAGGGAUUCCUCGUCAACGACACUUUAAUUAUCGAGUGCAAAGUAAUUGUUGUCUCCAAAGUGAAAAACUUUGCUCAAUAG